AUGUCAGUUCUUAAAGAGGAUGAUAAAAAGUUUGAGGCAAACUUUGAUGUCACAACAGAAGUCGAAUAUGAAGAUGAUGCCGUCCAAAACGCAUACGAAAACACUGCCAAUUUGCGUCGAGUAGCUGAAGGCAUUCCUCUCGCUGCCUGCUUCAUUCUCGUCAAUGAAUUUUGUGAAAGAUUUGCCUACUAUGGUGGUUCGACACCUUUCCAAAAUUAUGUUCAGAACGGCCCCGGAGAUGAUCCCGCAGGUGAAUUGAAUCGUGGUCAAUCCACUGCCACUGCCUUGCAAAAUUUCUUUACCUUUUUCUGUUACUUUACGCCCAUGUUGGGUGCCAUUGUUGCUGAUGGUUACAUUGGUCGUUAUUGGACAAUUAUCAUUUUCUCCAUUGUGUAUAUGGUUGGCUGGUUAAUUCUCACAACCACCUCCAUUCCCUCCUCCUUGGCAAGCGGAGCAGGUUUCCCAGGUUACGUCGUCGCUCUUGUUGUCAUUGGCUUUGGUACUGGUGGUAUCAAGGGUAUCGUCUCUCCCCUUUGCGCAGAUCAAUACAGAAAAACCGAAAACUAUGUCAAGGAACUUAAGUCUGGUGAGCUCGUCAUGGUCGAUUAUGACCUCAGUAUUCAACACUUGUACAAUUGGGCAAUCAAUGUUGGAUCUUUGCUUGGUGGCGUUAUUUGUCCCCUUUUGGAAUUGAAUGUUGGCUUCUAUGCCGCAUUUUUGUUGCCCACAUGUAUGUUUGCUGUAGCCAUUCUUGUCUUCGUUGCUGGUUCAAAGUUGUACUACAAGCCUGCUGCUACUGAUUCUGUCAUUCUCAAGGCAUGGAGAGUCGUCAAGUUUGCUACAAAGCAAGCCAAGUUACCCGAGAACAAGGAAGCUCGCAAGAGAUCAAAAGAUAUCAUGGAUUUCGCAAAGAGCGAAUCCAACAUCCCCGCUGUCAGUGAAUGGUCACCUGAGACUCGCGAAAAGGUGCAAUGGACUGAUACGUUUGUUGAUGAAUUGAAGCAAGCCAUCAUGGCCUGUAAGAUUUUCAUUCCUUUGUCCAUCUAUUGGGUGUCUUAUAACCAAUUGUCCAACAACCUGCUCUCUCAAGCUGGUGUCAUGAACAAGCCUGCUGGUCUUCCCAAUGAUAUCAUGAACAACUUUGAUCCCAUUGCUCUUAUCAUCUUUAUUCCUAUCACCGAUGGUUUCUUCUACCCCAUGUUGCGCAAGUACAAGAUCAAUUUCGCCAGUCAAAAGCGUAUCACUGUUGGUUUCUUCCUCGGUGCUGCUGCUAUGGUCUAUGCUUCUGUUGUUCAACAUUAUAUCUACAUUGAUGAAUUGUUCAUCUCAUCCGGUGGCAAGCAAUCCAAUGUUAGCGUUUUCCUUCAAAUCCCAUGCUACGUUUUGAUUGCUUUCUCUGAAAUCUUUGCUUCUAUCACAUCCAUGGAAUACGCAUAUACUCAUGCUCCCAAAUCAAUGAAGUCUUUGGUUUCUGCUCUUUCAUUGUGGCCCAAUUGUGUUGCUGCUUUGCUCUCUCUUGCCAUUUCUCCCACUGCUCAUGACCCCAAUAUGACCUACUUGUACGCCGGUGUUGCAGUAGCUGCUUUCAUCACUGGUAUCAUCUACUACUUUGUCUUUAGACACUACGAUGUUAUUGAUGAAGAGGCUCGUCUCAAGAAGAUGGCAGAUCAAGAUGCCGCUGGAUAUCAAAUGGAGGACAAGAUUGCCCCUCCUGUUAUUGAGGCUGAAGCCGAAGCUAUGGAGAAGAUGCAUUAG